UUCCUCCACCAACACACCUUAAGUCUUUUCUCUAUAUAAAGACCAUGCUUAGCAACCGAAACAUUCAAGCCAAAUUCAUCUACAAUACUUUCUUACUCACCAGAGAACAAACAAAGAUCAAUUUCGUUUCUAUUAUUGUUUAAGAAGAAAUUCUGGAGAAAAUGGGAGCAGCAAAUUCAAUCCCCCAAGAGACAGCGGCCCCAACUAUUAAAGGGUCAGAAUCACGCAUCAAAGCAGUCCGUAACAAGGACGAAUGGAAGGCUUAUUUCAACACUUACAAGGAACAAGACAAGCUGGUGGUGAUCGAUUUCACGGCUACAUGGUGCGGACCUUGUCGAUCUAUGGAGCCAACUCUCUCAGACCUCUCUAAGUUAUUCAUCGAUGUUGAGUUUGUCAAGAUUGACGUGGAUGAACUCCCGGAUGUGGCUGCAGAAUGUGGGGUCCAGGCAAUGCCUACGUUUUUACUUAUGAAGAAAGGGAGCCAAGUUGAUAGGGUGGUGGGAGCUAGGAAAGAUGAAUUAAAGAAGAAGAUUGACAACCACCGCCGUUCUAAGUAAUUACUUACGUUUCAGAAGAACAGCACAAAAUAAAGCCCAAGUUUAUGUAUAAACUGGAACACUUAUUUAUUUUUGGCAAUUUAUUUGUUUUAUAUCUUCGUGCGAGGAUGCUUAACAUUUUGAUUUAUAUAUGCUCAUUGUACUAAUGAAAUAAUGCUAUCUCUUGCUUAAUCAAUAAAGUCAAUUUUUAGCAUA